AAAAAUUAAGAACAACAAGAAGAUUUUGACAAGAUUGGCUCUAAUCAUUCAAUACUUGUUGAUUCUAUGCACGUUGUUCUUGUCUAAAUGCUGCUACUUAUAUGGUAAAGCCUAAUUUUGGCGCGUGCAAUAUACAUACAUACAACUUAUUAGACAAAGUGAAAAGUUUAUUGCAAAGUAAAUUAUUAAUUUACUUUGGUUUAUUGUAACAAAAAAAUGAUAAAUAAAGUGCAUAUUUUAUCUGUUGGUUAUUCUCGAUGCGAUCCAUUGGAUUCUACGAGCAUGAAAGCCAACUGCAGUUCCACUUUAAUAAAGACUUAUUGCGGUAAAAAUAUUAUUGUAGAUACGAUGACAGCUUGGGAUGGCGACUUUAUUGUGAAAGCCUUAAAGGCUAAUUCGCUGGAACCCGACGAUAUCAAUUAUGUGGUAUGCACUCAUGGACACUCAGACCAUAUUGGAUGUAAUUACCUUUUCCCAAAUGCAAAAUGGCAUUUUGUUGGUUCGUGCAUGUCUCAUCAUGAUAAAUAUCCCGAUUACGAUUGGGAGCACCCAUAUUCACUCGUUGAAGGUGAAGUUGAAAUAAUUAGUACUCCGGGGCAUACUAUGAAUUGUAUUUCGUUGCUUGUUAACAACACUGACUUUGGAGGAACUGUUGGUGUUUGUGGCGAUUUAUUUGAAAAUAGUCAAGAUGUGUGGGAUUCUCAAAUAUGGAUUAGUGCCGGAUCGGAAAACCAAAAAAUGCAGAAGGAAAACCGUUUAAAGCUUGCCAAAUUGUGCUCAUAUAUAAUUCCAGGUCAUGGAGAGGGGUUUGUUGUUACCGAUGACAUUAGAAAUAAGCUACAACAAGAUUGCAAUGAAAUAUUGUAAAUAAAGUACACACAUACAUAUGUACAUGCAAGUGUGUGUCAAUAUCGAGACAGAGUGGGAUUUUCUAAAAGGAAACUUUCCGUCGGCUAACACGCAUAGUUUUAAAGUAAAUAAUGAUUCUCAAUUUGCUUCAUUGAUAGCAAUAAGGAUUCCAUAAAAAAUGCUUGUCUCAUAUAAGAAUCGUCUGAAGAUACAAUCUUUAAAUUAAAAUAUAAAUGUCGAUUCUUUUAUCAUCAAGAAAGCAUGUGUAAAUCGAUAAAUUAUUUUGCUAUCCCUUAAAAUAAUAAUAUUGCGAGUAGAAAACAUCUGGAGAGAGAUUAGGAACUAAUCUGUUGAAUAAAUAAUGCAAUCUUUUCAACAUAAUUCCUGACGAAUAUGGAAAAUAAACACUAUCUAUACUCGAGUUUG